AAAACUUCGGAAAAACGAAAUUUAAUUUUUAAUCUUCAUAAUCAAAUCAUUUGAGUUGCAGCAGCUUUCGCCAGCUGUAUAAUUAGUUUCUUACGAAACAAUCACGUGAAUGAAAAUGACUCAUACAUCCAUGGAACGUACAUCGCAGUACAUUCCACAGCGCCCAUCCACCAGAAAUCCUUUUCCGGCUUGUUCCGCUGGGCUGGCCUUCGUUUUGUAAGUGUGAACUGAGUCGAAAUCGAAUCGGUUGAAAGUUGUCGGAAGAGUUCAGGAUUGGCUAAGUCAUUGAGAAAGAAAUGGCACACCAUCUGCAGUAAACGGACGUCAUCGUUGCAACCUCGCCAUGGCAGCGCAACCUCCUUCAUUUAACUUAAAAUCGGAAGCGGAUCGAUACAAAACAUUUGAAAGAUGGCCCGUACCCUUUAUGGAUGCACAUAAAUUAGCAGCUGCUGGUUUCUAUUACAUUAAUAGGGAUGAUCUUGUCAAAUGUGUUUUUUGUGGUGUGGAAGUGGGUAAUUGGGAGGAAGGCGAUGAUCCUUUUCAAGACCAUCAGAGAUGGCAACCUUCUUGUCCAUUCAUAAGAAAGAUGCCAGUGGGUAAUAUCCCUUUAUCUGGCAAUGUUGACACACCACCUGGAAGGGAAGUGUCAAGAGGUUAUGAUGUCUGUGGUCCUUACACUUUGGAAAUUCGACCUCAUUCAGCCAGAGAAAAUGGAAAAAGUGACAAGACAGUGUGUUUCCAUUGUGGAGGAGGGUUAAAAGAUUGGGAAGAAACAGAUGAUCCUUGGGUAGAGCAUGCAAAGUGGUUUCCAAAAUGUUCUUAUGUCGUCCUCAACAAAGGGAAAGAAUUUGUGGCAAGUGUUGCUGGAGAAGAGGGAAGCAGGCCAACUUCAAAGGAAGUCAAGAACUUCAGAGUUCCUGCGGAAUUAAAAGAAUCUGUGCAAAUUAGAGAACCUGUGGAGCCAUCAACUUCAAGUUCUGAAAGUGAGCCAAUAGCAUCCACAAGUUCAGGCAGCCAAGGAGGCGAUGAUGUCCGUCUAUGCAAAAUAUGCUACCAGGAGGAUCUAGGAGUAGUCUUCCUGCCCUGUGGCCACUUGGUGGCAUGUGUCAAGUGUGCACCAUCUCUCACAACAUGUGCUGUGUGUCGCCAACCUUUCACAGCAACUGUGCGAGCAUUCCUGUCAUGAAUGAAUACCCAUUGUUGAAUUAGAAGACUAACUACUUUGCCUGGGGUCUCUGCCCCCAGAUAUCUGCGACUUCUCGAAUUGCACAUUGGUUGCUAGUGUUAUUAAUACGAAGCGUCUUUUAAUACACUUUUGUGGGAAUCGAAACCUGCAGUUGCAUCCUCUUGUUGCUAAGGAACAAUGUAUUAACUAUAACUUCCAUCUCCACUUUCAAGUACCAUUAUAGAAACCAAAGAUUUAGAUGUAAAUGCAUUGUAAAUACUAGCUUGAUUAUGGAGGGUCAGGUACCCAAAUAUGAGACUCUGUUUGUAAUUUGGACAUAAUUUGGGAAAUACUUCUAAUGAAGACAAGCUUUUAUGGUAGGUUUAAGUAAUAUUUAUUAUACUAAUAAUAACAAUAUUUGAAAACCAAAAUAAUGUGUAUUCUUGAACAGCAAAAAAAAUUAAACUGAAAUAGGCCAUUUUGACAAUUGAACAAAUGGGCUCCUAAUAUGAGACCCUAUAAAAUUGACUGAGUUGGUCCUGAAAUUGAGUGUGUGACAAUAAGUACAUAUUUGUAUUAUUAGUGUAUAUAAACUAAAGGUUGUCACAAAUACAUUUUAUUUUUUACGCUGAAAACUGAUGUUUAAGGCUGUUCCCAAGAGUAAGCUCAAAAGCCUUUCUCAUGAUGAUAUUCUUUCUUCUCAAUCCAUAAAACCUUGCAUCUAUGCUGUGACAAUAUUUUACCAAUAAAUCCUUGAUUUCCGUACUUAAACUGGUUUCCUUCCCAAGUUUACCACCAAAUAAUUUAAGAAUAUGGUCUUUGUCUUUUACAUGACGUAUGUGUUCCUUUAGGCACAUUAAAGUAUUUUGAAGCUCACUUGUAUCCAAUCUUUCCAUUUCUGCUUGAACUGCUCAAAGAAUCAUUUUUCUCCCAUUUCUUUCUUUUUGGAGGAGGAGCCAUCUGAAGAGAGGGAAAAGAGAAAGAAAACCAACUAGUGUGGACAUGAUUUUCUUUAAUUUUAAUAUUUGUAUGGGUGCAUGUGUAUAUAAUUACAUUUAGUUCACGUUAUUCUCUUCAUGUUUAAUUAUCACAUAAUUAAAAUGUGAGCAAUAUAGCUGAUUUUACAGCAAAUCUCUCAAGUUAUGUUUACUGUACAUUAUAUUGUAAAUAGCCAUGUGUACACCUAAAAUUAUCAGCUUUUGUAUAAGAACUAUGAAAAGGCCAUCUCUUACCUUGUAGUUAAAAAAUAUUUGAAAGAAGACAAUGGGGCAAAAAACCAUGCAAAAGGUUUUGGAAAAUCUGCCGAAAACAUUCCACAACACUCACAGCAAAAGAAAUAAAUUGCAGCUCUCCGAUGACUCAUUAGUGUGCUCUACUGGUUUUGAUCGUGUCCACUAUUCUGCAUCGCAUACUAAAAUGUACAGCCUGGGGUCUCAUAUUAGGAAACGAUCUCAUAUUCGGAGACCUGACCCUAACUUCCUUUUAUAGUAUGAGCCUAUAAUACACUGAGGUUUUGUUUUUAGUGGUGUCUUUGUGGCAGUCUUUACAAUGAUUUGACUAUCCUAAGUUUUAAAAUUUUCACCGGACAAUCAUACGCACGUUUUAUUAAUAAAAUAAUUAAGAUUGAAGUAUGGUGUCAAUGUGCAAUAGAGUACCUGUUCCCAAUCAUUCUAUCCAGAACACUGGUCAAAGAGGGCUUGUCCUUGUGAUCUUACUAGAAUAUUUGUGUGAUUUACAUGCAAAAUCAAGAGAAACGGCUCUUAAAACUGCUUUGAAGAUCAGCAUUUGCUAAUGUCAUUUUAAAAUGGCAAACUUUGUAUGCUUGUUGAUACUUCCAUUUCAAUUUAGUGUAUGUAAUAAGAUAGGUUAGGGAUAGUUUUCUCUAUUUACUCACAAUUUUGUCUGUAAAAAGAAUAUUGUGAAAAUUGAUGCAAAUGUUGAAAAGCAUAUGAAAGUAUGUAAACAUUUGAAUUAAUUCAUCAAACUGUUGUAAACGGCGAGACCACGAAUAACAAAUCUCAAAGGGGCCUCAUUGUUUACGUUCAUCAUGCUUUUAAUUAUGCAUGGAUGGAAACGAUAUUUCUUAGAACAAAGUAUUUAUGUGCAUUAUAGUAGUAGUUUGAUACAUGUGAUGACCUAGCAAAAUUAUAAUUAGUGGGUCUGCAACAGCAUAUACUUUCUUGCACUUAAUAAUGGUUACACAAUAUUAUAAUAGUCAAAGUUCUGUCCAUAUUAACACCCCUCAGUCAUCACUUGUAUAAUUCAUUACUAGAGACAGGAUUUCCAUGCACUAUCAAAUGCUAAAAUGCAUGCAAAAAUCAAAUAACAAAUAGUUAAACUUACACAAUGCAGGGUAAAAGUUGACAAAACAUGUACAAUGAAAUUUGUUUUGUAUAUUUAUUGUAUAUAUGGAAUCAGUGAAAUGAAUUUGAAAGAGUAAAAUUUAGAUAACUCGUUCAAUGUUACAAAAAGCAAUGAAACAAAAAAUAAACUGUUGUGUAGAAAACAUUUGUAAUACUACGAGGUUACAAGGUCAAAAAGUGUUGACCUUGUAUUACAAAUAUUUAUGGAGUCUCAUGUGAAUGGAUCAAUAAAAGUCCAGUCUUCUUAUUUUAGUUUUUAGAGCCAACAUUUUGGCCAUUCAUUUAGCUUGCAUGAGGGAUGUAGUUAUAUGUUCUUCAAUUGACAAAUGUAAAACAGUAUAAUUUCUGUUUUAUAUUUGUGUAAUAAAUGACAAACAUUUGCUCUGUAAACAAACACUUAUUUACAUACCCACACGACUGCACACACAUUUGUUAUGAGGUCAAAAGCAACUCAACAACAGUAUAUUUUGUUUUAUUGCUUUUUCUAACAGUGAACAAUUAAUGAAUUUUCUAAAUUUUACUCUUGGAUAAAUUCAUCCUUUUGUCAGGAACAAAUGUCCAUGGGUGCUGAAAAUGUUUUCUACAUCCCAAGACAUAAUUGGAGCAUACUUAAAGAUCUCUGAGAAACUACUUCAAAUUCUCCGAAACUUCUCAUACUUCAAAGAAAUCUGAGCCAGUGUGAGGUCAAACUUUGCAUUUUCUGAUUUGUAGCCACAAAUAAUGUUACAUAUGUUUUUGAGAAAUUUCAAAUCAGGAUUUGAAUUUGACACUUUACAUAGUUUCCUUGGCAGUCACCCCCCCCCUAAUUCCA